AUGCCAAAAAUUUGGUGCUGGCAUCCGGGUCAAAACGCUCCAAACGAUCCGGUGAAUGAAGAGAAUUAUCGAUGUUGUUGCGGGUGUUGCACGGCUACAUGUGGCUUUAAAGCUUUCGUCGGUUUUAUUCUGGCUUCUGCCUCAAUCGGAUGGAUUGGUUUCAUUCUCGGCUUGUUGACUGGACCGUCUAAUUCCGUUGGUCAGAUCAUUUCCCUUCUUCUCCUCUGCGUCUACGGGUAUUUCGGUUACUGCGCCAUUAAGACCAAACGCCCAUAUUUUAUUCAAGUUUUCCUCAUCAUUUUGGCCGUUCACUGUGGAUUCGGACUCUUUAGCAGCGCUUGCUUCUUCAUCUACAUCUUGUCGGCUCUAGCUGGAGACUCAUAUGAAGCUAGGCAAAACAUCGCACAGUACUUCAAGCACCGAAGCGCCAGCGAGUCCGAUUUUUUGCUUGGUUUGCUCGUCGUUUUGAUGAUCAUCUCCGUCAUCAAUAUUUGGCAGAUUUGUCUCGUCAAGAGCUACUACAACUAUUUGCGCGAUCUUCAAUUGGAGAUCGAGGAGCACGAGGGCCCACAAUCGAAGCGGGACCUCGAGAAAAACGAAAAUUAUUUGAUCAACCCGCCACCAUAC